AAGGCAUCACUCCCUCCAUUUUGCCGUCAGUUUGCGCCUGCGCAGUCCUGCGUGUCUGACCUUCAUAGCAGUAACCAUGUUCGCCAGGACCAGCGCGUUGGUUUUCGUCCCACAAUGUGGGCAGGUCAGGAACAUGGCUACCCUGAAGGACAUCACCAUUCGGUUGAAGUCCAUCACCAACAUCCAGAAAAUCACCAAAUCCAUGAAGAUGGUGGCUUCUGCUAAGUAUGCUCGUGCUGAGAGGCAGCUGAAGCCGGCCAGAGUCUACGGCACCGGAGCUCUGGCCCUGUACGAGAAGGCCGACAUCAAAGCGGCGGAGGAAAAGGGCGGCAAGCAUUUGCUGGUCGGAGUGACUUCUGACCGUGGCCUCUGUGGAGCCAUCCACUCCUCCGUGGCCAAGGCCAUUAAGGCGGAGAUCGCCCACCUGACCGAGGCUGGCAAGGAGGUCAUGGUGGUCAAUGUUGGAGACAAGCUGAGAGGCCUGCUGCACAGAACUCAUGGACAGCACAUCAUGCUGAACUGUAAGGAAGUCGGCCGUAAGCCUCCCACCUUCAGCGACGCUUCAAUCGUUGCCACCGAGCUGCUCAACUCUGGAUACGAAUAUGACCAGGGCACCGUCUUCUUCAACAGAUUCAACUCUGUGAUCUCAUACAAGACGGACAAGAAGCCUUUGUUUUCCGACGACGCUGUGGCUAACGCAGAGGCCAUGAGCAUCUAUGAUGACAUCGAUGCUGACGUGCUGAGGAACUACCAGGAGUUCGCUCUGGUCAACGUCAUCUACCUGGCCUUCAAGGAGUCCACCACCGCCGAGCAGAGCGCCAGGAUGACCGCCAUGGAGAACGCCACCAAGAACGCCACUGAGAUGAUUGAGAUGCUGACCCUCACCUUCAACCGCACCAGACAGGCCGUCAUCACCAAGGAGCUCAUCGAGAUCAUCUCUGGAGCUGCUGCUCUAUAAACGGGCGAGAUCUUCGUUUCCAUUAUCUAUAGCUCUUCAAAGUACUUCAGACAUGUUGUCGAGAGUCUAUGAACAUUUGUGCUUCUAUUUGUAAAAUAUAUGGAGAAAAUAAACCUCUUGCAGAACCUACAUUCUUUUCAUCUGUAUCUGUCUUUCCUCCCAAUAAAUGCAGAUGACUGACAAACAUGAA